CUUAGAGACUGGGCUCCUGUAUGAUAUAUUGUUCGUUUUAAUCAGCUUAAUGUCCAGCGCGCUGAAGAAUCCAAUGUCUUUCGUCGAAUCUCUUGUUCUGCGAUAGUCGGAAGUGUAUCGUCCCUAAAACUGGCCUGGAAUCUUAGCGAGUUACUUAUUCUCCCUGUAGCUUUCUUUCUUCUGUGUAGCUUAGCGAGCUGAAUUUCACCACGCAGCACUAGCCCAGGUUUGGUGUGCUGUUUGGUCUCAUCUCCAGUCUCAUUCUCAAGCAAUCACAACAGCUGAAAGUCUGGUUGUACAUGGCACCAAUCUUGUUCUUCUCUUGAUUCAUCCCGCUCUAUGUCCACCUUCGGGGCCAUGAUGGGAAACCUGCGCGUUCCUGCCUAGAUCCAGUUCGACCGGCGUUACCGGCAUUUCAUAAAGUGGAUUUGCAGCGCCUAUUUCUAUCGGUUGAUGCACGCCAUAAAGCUCACUGGGCCCGGAACCGGUUGGAAAUACGCCUGUGCCGUAUCCCGGGAGAGCGGGAACGCCCUCGGCAGGCUGUUUGGCCUCGUCCGAGUUCAACUCCGCCUGGACUCGCCGCUUCUUCCUCGCUCGUGUCCACAUGACGAAAGCGACCACGAUGAUAACCAGUGCCCCCACAGCGCCGCCGACGAUUCCGCCUACGAGUCUUGCGGAGGCCUUUGGUGGACCAAUGAUGAUAUGGGGGGAAUUGGUGGCACCCGGUCGAGCUUGUCCACGAUAGCAGUCUCCAACCUCCGUGUAAGCAGAGAAUCCUCCUGGGUACUCCCACGGCUCGAGUUUCGGUGGUCUGGACGCGAUUUGCGAGUCGGCCGUCAUCAGUGCCGGCGGGGAGGUGAAACUCGAUACAUCUUGCUGGUGCCAGGUUACGAUGUAGCCCCGAUCAUACACGACCUGCGUCGGCUUAACCCUCGUGGUCGUGGUAACAAAGCUCGUGCCAGUCACCACCAUCACCAUAUCGGCUGCAGUCUUCAUGGUCGAAGAACAGCGGAAAUCGUUGUUCGCCCAGGUUCCGCCUGCGAAGCCUCUGUUCUCAUUAGCUCAACCAGUAUCGCAGCGCGAAGAAUUAGACCUACGGUGGGCAGCAGUAUGCGGUUGUAUAAGUCCGAAAUGCGAAAUUAUCGGUAUACGUAAAAGUUGAUGUGGUAGGAACAUAGGUCAUGGUCGUCCGCUCCGAAAUCCAAGAAGACUUCGAAGUAACAGUGAGACCUGUCGUAAUGGCAGAGGUGAAAUAUAUCCCCCCAUCAUCACGAACUCGAGUGCCUAUCGUCGUGUAGCCAUGCGGACAUUGGCCCAUGA